UCCGAGCGCCCGUCGCGACGCGGCGCGUCGCGCGCGGCGAAAGCCGAGGCCGCGGGCGCGCAGCUCAAGGCGCUCAAGGAGAAGGGCGCGAAGCGUCUUGACACCGUCGAGGACGCGGACGAGAAGGAUAACGUCUACGAUGUGGUCACCGAGGAAGAGUACGCGGAGCUCGUGAACAAGCGACGCAAGGAGUACGGCGGGUUCAUCGUCGGCGAAGACGGCGACGACUACGUCGACCUCGGCGAAGAGGACGACUGGACUAAAGCCGCACCCGGCGCGAGCGACGACGAGAACGACGACGACGCCGACGCCGACGGCAAGAAGCGCAAAAAGGGCGACGCGGGGGACGCGGCGAACGCUAAAAAAGCGAAAAACGCCAAGGACGCUCCCGCGGACAAGCGCGAUCGUCAGAGACUCCAGAACAUGUUCGCGAAGAACGCCGCCGCGGUGGCGCAAGGCGGCGUCAAGCGCAAGACGACGACGGACGCGCACGCCGGGAUGCCCGCGGCGCAAGACGCGGACGCGCUUUUGGAGGACAUUCUCGCCGGCGUCGGGCCCUCCGCCGGCGCUUCCUCCGCCGGCGCGCAGCCGGCGCCAGCUGUCGCGCGCGCGCGCAAGGACGACGCCGAAGAGUACACGCUCAACCCGCCGCUGUCGCCGCCGUCGUCGCAGCGCGACGACGCCAACGCCGCGGGCGACGACGACGCGCCGAUGCCGAUGGACGCGGACGACGACGACGACGACGACGACGACGAGCCGCCGUCCCCCGCCGCGCUCGCCGCCAAGGCGAAAAAAUCCAUCCUGAAAAAGGAAGAGCCGAAAACCGCGACGCUCGCCGCGGUCCCCUCGAGCGCGGUCACCGCCUCCGGCGCCGCACCAGGGACGUGCGCGCCCGCGGCGCCGAGCGCGAGCGCGGGCUGGGGCGGCGCGUUCGACGACGACGGCGCGGAAGGCGGCGCCGUCGUCGAGGACGCCGCGCCCGCGCAGAUCGCCGCGGACGGAUCGCUGCCGCUCGACCCGGAUGCGACGUUGCCGUUUUUCAUCCUCGACGCGCACGAGGACAUCUCCGUCCCGGGGACGGUGUUCUUGUUCGGUAAAGUCCCGGUCAACGCGGGCGAGGUGAACGGCGAGUGCGUCAGCGCGUGCGCGGUCGUUCCGAACAUGCAGCGCUGCGCGUUCGCGGUGCCGACGCCGGAGACGUUUGCCGACCCGGAGAAUGAAAUCAGCGACUUGGAGGACGCCGCCGCCGCCGCCGCCGCCGGCGACGACGCCGCCGCCGCGAAGAAGGCCAAGGGCGCGCUGCUCCGAUGCCUUCAAGGCCGCUGCGCGGACGUCAAGAACGAACUCCGUGAGAUGCUCCUCGCGCGAGGGAUCGAGCAGUUCACGAUGAAGCCGGUGAAGCGGUCCUACUGCUUCGAGAAGGACGACAUCCCGAGAGGCUCGCAGUACGUCAUCAAAGUGCGAUUCCCCGCCACGUACGCCGCGCUUCCGGGCGACGUGCGAGGCGCGCACUUCAUCACGAUGCUCGGCACGCAGACGCCGAUGCUGGAGCACCUCAUGAUCAAGUCGCGGAUCAUGGGCCCGUCCUGGAUCGCGCUCCACGGCGCCAACGUCGUCGACGUCUCCGCGCAGAGAUCGCACUGCAAGCUCGAGGUUGUCCUCCCCUCCGGUCACAAAUCGGUUCGACCGACGGCGACGAACGGGCUCUCCAGGGAUCCCCCGAGCCUCACCGUCGCCGCGCUUAACCUCAAGACGGUGGUCAACCACAGGCAGAACGUCAACGAGAUCGCGUCCGCGUCCGUCGUGUACGUCCGAGCGGCGAAGAUCGACGGCCCGACGCCCGGGUGGAACUCCGCCGCGUCGAUGCGUCACUUCUCCGUCGUGCGACGCCUCGACGGCGUGUCCAUGCCCCCCGGUUGGGACCAGGUCGUCGCGAAAGAGAACGCGGAGCACCCGGUCGCGAAGCGCACCAAGUCGUCCGUGUUGACCUCCACCGCGAGCGAGCGCGCGCUGCUGACGGUGCUCAUCGGGCGGAUGCACGCGCUGGACGCGGAUGUAAUCGUCGGACACAACAUCGCGGGGUUCGACCUCGACGUCCUCCUCCAUCGCCUCCAGGCGAACAAAGUCCCGCAGUGGUCUCGCAUCGGGCGGCUGAAGCGGUCGCGGUUUCCGAACCUCGGCGGCGGUGGGAACAGCUUCGGCGGCGGCGCCGGUUUGGGCGCGCUGUCGUGCCUCGCCGGGCGUCUUCUCGCGGACACGUACCUCAGCGCGAGGGAUUUCGUGAAGGAGGUGUCGUACACGCUGUCGUCGCUCGCGUCGAAUCAGCUGAAGAUGACGCGGACGGAGAUCGCCUCCACGGAAAUUCCCGGGAAGUUUUCAUCCGCCGCGGGACUCCUGUCGCUCACCAAGGCGACCGAGGCGGACGCGUGGCUGUCGUUGGGGUUGAUGUUUCACCUCAGCGUCUUGCCGUUGACGCGGCAGCUCUCGAACAUCGCGGGCAACCUCUGGGCGAAGACGCUGCAGCACACGCGCGCGACGCGCGUGGAGCACCUCCUCCUCCACGAGUUCCACGCUCGGAAGUACCUCAUGCCGGACCGUCUCUCCGCGAAGGAGAGGAAGUUUGGCCGAGGCGGCGGCGGCGGCGACGACGGCGACGGCGAGGGCGACGGCGAGGGCGUCAAAGCCGGGAAGAAGAAGGGGGGCCCGUCGUACGCCGGCGGCCUCGUCCUCGAGCCCAAGAAGGGCCUCUACGACAAGUUCGUCCUCAUGCUGGACUUCAACUCUCUGUACCCGUCGAUCAUCCAGGAGUAUAACAUCUGCUUCACGACGGUCGCGCGGCCAAAGGCGGAUCCGAACGACCCCGCGGGCGUCGCCCCCGCGCCUCAGCUCCCCGAGCCGUGCGCCGGAGGCCCGGGCGGACCGAACAGCGCGGUGCUGCCGCAGGUGAUCCGCAAGCUCGUGCAGAGGCGUCGCGAGGUGAAGAACAUGAUCAAGACGGAGAAGAACGCCGCGCGAAGACAGCAGCUGGACAUUCGUCAGCAAGCGCUGAAGCUGACGGCGAACUCGAUGUACGGGUGUUUGGGGUUCGCCGCGUCGAGGUUUUACGCCAAGCCGCUCGCGGAGCUCGUGACGCUUCAGGGCCGCGAGAUUUUACAGAGCACCGUGGACUUGGCGCAGGGGACCCUCGGCAUGGACGUCAUCUACGGCGACACGGACUCGAUCAUGAUCAACACGAAGAGCACCAACUUGCAGGAGGUGAGCGCGAUCGGCGCCGCGCUGAAGAAGGAGGUGAACAAGCGGUACAAACUCCUCGAGAUUGAGAUGGAUGGCAUCUUCAAGUCGAUGCUGCUUCUGAAGAAGAAGAAGUACGCGGCGCUCAUGGUGAAGCCCGCGGCGGACGGCAGCGGCGGGUUCACGACCGUCAUGGAGCAGAAGGGUCUCGACAUCGUCCGCCGCGACUGGUCCCCGCUCGCGAAGCGUCAGGGGAACCACGCGCUGGAGCUGAUUCUUUCCGGGCGACCCGCGGAGGACGUCGUCGAGGACAUCCACGAGUCGCUUCGCAAGUGCCGCGAGGACCUCGUGAACGGCGUCGUGACCAUGGACCAGUUCAUCAUCACGAAGCAGCUCACGAAGCGUCCGGAGGAUUACCCGGACGCGGCGAAUCAGGCGCACGUGCAAGUCGCGCUGCGGCUUCGCGACGCGGGGAAGCGCGAGGGCGUGAACCAAGGCGAGACGGUGCCGUACGUCAUCGCGGUCAAGACGGAUUCCGCGACGGCGGAGGACAUCGCCUCCGGAAGAACGGGCGCGACGGGCGGCAAGGGCCUCGCCGACCGCGCGUACCACCCGGACGAAGUCGCCGCGGAGGGCAGCGGGUUGAAGCUCGACCUGCACUACUACCUCACGCAGCAGGUGCAUCCGGUGGUGUCGCGUCUGUGCCAGCCGAUCGAGGGCACGGACGCGGCGAGGAUCGCGGACUGCCUCGGCCUCGACGCGUCCAAGUUCCACGCGCAGGUUGUGGGGCACAACGCGUCGGACGAACGCGACGACGACCUCCUCGCGCCCGGCAUGAACCUGGACGACGAGGAGCGAUUCAAACGCUGCGCGCCGCUCGUCUUGAAGACCGCCGCGGGCGCGUUCGAGUUCAAAGGCGUCGGCGCCAUCCUCUCGGGGGAGGUGGACGGCGACGCCGCGCUCGCGCCGCCGCCGCCCGCCGCCGCCGCCGCGAAGGAGAACGCCGCGCCCGCGCCGCCGCCGCCGCCCGCGGACAAACUCUCGGCGGGGUCCUCCGCGUCCGCGACGACGACGCCGCUCACGCCCGCAGCGCUGGCGAACCAAGUCGCGCUCGCGACGCGCGCCGCCGUCGCCGCGUAUUACGCCGCGUCGCUUCGCAGCGACGACGAGCUCGCGCCGUGCGAGACGAGAAACGUCUCGCUGCGCGUCGACGGCGCCGCCGAGCCCGGGACGCUCCCCGCGGACCCGAAGUGCCAGGGCGUGAUGCACAAGACGACGACGGAGGCGGAUUUGUACACGCAGUUGAUGCACUUCAAGCGUCUGCUGUGCGUGGAGGACGCGGUGCGGCGGUUGCCGGAGAAGCAACGCCUCGCGGCGGAGGCGAGGAUCGCGCCGACGACGCGGGAGGCGCUGCGGGCGGCGACGAACGCGCUGGAGCGAACGCUGGAGAGGAGCGCGUACCGUUGGAUCGAUCUCGCGGCGUUGUACGGCGCCGCCGGCGUCGCGAACUGAGAGGAGGACAGCGACAGGACGGAGGAGGAGCUCGAGGGCGCGCGCGUCUCGGGGAACGGAACGACGCUGUUCGGUCGCUCAUUAUAAAACUACAGUAUUUUGCA